GCUGACAGCAGCAGACACGCUGCUGAGAAAGUUGCUCUGAACCGGAUCAGUUCUUCUCCUCCUGAUGAGGUUUGACGAGUCCGUGAGUUCACAAGGUCAGAGAAGAAGGAGUGUCGAGAAACGGCCUGAGUGUUUGUGUCUCCAGAGGAAACAUUUCAUCUCCUGCAGGAACAAUGACUCCAGUUGAGGCUUUGAGAGAGUUUAUUCAGCAGCGACUCACUGCUGCUGCUGGAGAAAUCUUCACCGCGUUUCAACAAACUCUCCUCCAUUACGAGAAGGAGAUGAAUGUUCAGGACAGACUGCUGGAAAUCACAGGAGAACUUCCAGUCCCGUUCUCCAGAACAGAGAGUCCACAGCAACACAUUAGUAACCAGAAGACCAGUUCCAGUGGUGAGCAGGAGGAACAUGAAGCUCCACACAUUAAAGAGGAGGAGGGUCUUGUUGAGAUGAGCGUUACUGAUGGUGGAAGUGAGGAUUCCCACCACUCUGUGAGAGACUCCACCACCCGGAGACUCACUGCUGCUGCUGUGGAAAUCUUCAACCUGUUUCAACAAACUAUUGUCCAGUACCAGGAGAAGAUUGAUCGCCGACACAGACUGCUGGACGUCAUCUUCCAACCUGAGAUCAAGUUACACAGAAUCGAACUCCAACAGCACCAUGACUGUAGAGAGGAACAGGAAACAAACUACUGUCUAGAACAGGAGGAACCAGAACCUCCCGAGAUUAAAGAGGAACCAGAAGAACCAGAACCUCCACAGAUAAAAGAGGAACCAGGAGAACCAGGACCUCCAAAGAUAAAAGAGGAACCAGAACAUCUAGAGUUUAAAGAGGAACCAGAAGAACCAGGGCUUCUUCAGUCCCCAGAGGACCAGGAGGAACCAGGGCCUCCAGAGAUUGAGCAGCACGAGGAUCUUGGUAGCAGGCAGACGGGAGCGCUUCCUGUUGUGACGUUUGAAAGUGAAACCUUGAAGGUUCCUUCUGUUGAGAAGCAGAGUGACCUGAGUGAACCAGAAGAAGAACCAGACACUGAGCAGCUCCUCUCUCAGGACUCUGAAGUCCACCAUGAGAACAAACUGAUUGACUUUCCAGUUUCAGAGAAGCAGGCUGAAUGUGAGGAAACAUGUGGUGAACCUGUCCGUAAAAAACCAAAACUACGUCAGAAGGUGAGAACGGUCACUGAUAAGAAGAAAACUUGCGACACAUGUGGAAAACGCUUCAGUCGUCAGAGUCAUUUGUUGCGCCACAUGAGGACUCACAUAGAAAUGACUAAGACCAAGGAACAGAGGGUGUGCCCCAUCUGUGGGAAGUACCUUAAAGCUGUGGCGAAGCACCUGCGGCAGAUCCAUCGGAUCCCGAACCCCAAUGAACGGAUUAUCCUGAAUAACCUGGCCACUGGCCGAAUUCUCCUCGGGGGCGGGAGAUGUUCCCUCCCGUUAUGCAACUCGCAGGUGUUGCACCUGGAGAAGCACCUGCGUGGACACAAAGAUGUCACGGACAGACGGGUGGAACGGGAGAUAAAAAGUCUCAAAAAGGCUACAGCCAUCAGGCUGUUGGCGGAGCUCCGCGCUUCGAACCCGACCCCCCCCCUCAUGAGCACGCUCGAUGUCGAGCAGGAGGAGGAGGAGGCUGGAGGGUCUGCCGCCGGGCCCGGCGGCUGCACCAACCCGUCGUGCAUUCAGGCCGGGCAAGAAAACAGGGAGCUCCAGCAGGAGGUGACGGAGCUCCGACGGGACAUCGAAACCUCAGGGCACAGCUGCAGCAGCAGCAGAGGCUGGGGCCUUCCGGGAAACAAACGGCCAAGAGCAGGCACUUGGUCGAGGUUGGAAGGGAACACAAAACUUUUCUCUUACGCAAAGUCCUCCACUGAAAUAUGAAACUUUUUCGAUAUACAGGACAGUAGCGAAGAGGACAGUGAAGAGCCCCGGCAGGAAGGGGAAGAGCAGGUAGAAGGACAGACCCUGGUUGCACGGCAGGUACGGCAGGAAGGGGAAGAGCAGGUGGAAGGACAGACCCAGCCUGCACGGCAGGUCCCGCAGGAAGGGGAAGAGCAGGUCGAAGAACAGACCCAGGCUGUCCGGCAGGAACGGGAAGAGCAGGUGGAAGAACGGACCCAAACUGCACCGCAGGUCCGGCAGGAGUCGGAAGAGGAAGAGAGUGAGGAAGAGGAACAGCAGGAGGCGGAGGAGGAGAGCGAAGACGAGGCGCAGCAGGAGGGGGACGCGCCGCCUCCGCCUCCCACAGAACGUUCCGCCCAAGAGCGGCCCCGGCAGGAGGUCGCGCAGGCGGCGAGCAGAGCAGCCC